GACACAUUUCUAUAAAUAAAAUAAUACAAUACGCAAUAAAGGUCCCCUUUUGCUUUCUAUUAUUUCUUUUGGAUACAGUCAUACUUGCUGUCUUCAACUCACCCAAGCCUCCGUUCUUCUCCUUUCUCCCAGACCUUGGCCGCCGGAACUAGCAAUAUGAGGUUGAUUCCAAGUUGUGCUCUGUGUUUGUGGCUUUUCAUCUCAGUGGUACUGAAUCCAGAGCCAUUGUUAUUAGAUGCUUCAAGGGACUGUGAUUUUCCGGCCAUCUUCAACUUUGGAGACUCCAAUUCUGACACCGGUGGUCUCUCUGCUGCCUUCGGCCAAGCCCGUCCUCCUCAUGGCGAGUCCUUCUUCCGCCACCCUGCCGGACGCUACUGCGACGGCCGUCUUGUCAUUGAUUUCAUAGCUAAGGAGCUGGGUCUACCAUAUUUGAAUGCUUUCCUUGAUUCGGUUGGCUCAAAUUUUACGCAUGGAGCCAACUUUGCCACGGCGGGAUCCACCAUCAGGCCCCAGAAUACAACCCUUCAUCAGGUUGGUGGGUUCAGUCCUUUCUCUCUGGACGUCCAGUUCGUUCAAUUCAGUGAUUUCCAGCGCAGAUCUCAAACUUUUCGCAAUAAAGGAGGAUUAUAUACAGCAUUGCUGCCAAAAGCACAAGACUUUUCUCGUGCAUUAUACACUUUCGAUAUUGGGCAGAACGACUUGACGGCAGGUUAUUUCCAUAACAUGUCCACUGAUCAAGUCAAAGCAUAUGUUCCUGAUGUUUUAGCACAGUUCAACAACAUCGUGAAGUAUGUAUAUGAUCACGGAGGAAGGUCGUUCUGGAUACACAAUACAGGUCCAGUUGGUUGUUUGCCAUACAUAAUGGACCUUCGUCCGCUGAAAACAACUGAGGUGGAUAGAGCCGGAUGUGCCAUCCCUUACAACGAAGUUGCUCGUUAUUUCAAUCGUCGAUUGAAAGCAGUUGUGCUUCAACUCAGAAAGAAACUUCCCUUGGCUGCGAUCACCUACGUUGAUGUCUACUCCGUCAAGUACUCCCUCAUCAGUCAAGCAAAGAAGCAUGGUUUCAUGGAACCCCUGAGAGCUUGCUGUGGGCAUGGUGGGAAGUACAACUUCAAUAAAAAUAUUGGGUGUGGAGGAAAGAUAAAGGUUCGUGGGAAAGAGGUGUUAGUGGGAAAACCAUGCGGGGAUCCAUCGGUUUGGGUCAAUUGGGAUGGGGUGCACUACACUCAGGCAGCUAAUAAAUGGGUAUUUGAACAAAUUGUGGACGGAUCAUUUUCUGAUCCUCCUAUUCCACUGAACAAGGCAUGCCAUAGGCACCACAAUUGAAGAGGUCUAAUUUCACGAAUCAAUAAAAAUAUUUGAGUGCAAGAGCCGAUCGUUUUAUUGCUCAGUCAUACAAUUUCAUCUGUGAAGUAUGGAUACUUUGAAAGAGGAGCUGAGUUCAUGUUCGACGCGUACUGGAUAUUCGCGUUGAAUAACCACGCACAUUUCAAAUAAAUCUCAGGUCAUUGUGU